GCCCUUCAUCUCCCAUGCUAGGUUCAUCGUUGGGUCAAUUAUGAAUCCAUGCUGAAAGAAUGCCUGGUUGGCAGGAUGGCUGUGAAGCCUGCUGUUCCAAAAGACUGUCAUGAAGGAAAGAGAGUCUUAAAUGGCAUGCUUCCUAAGAGCCAAGUGACAGACAUACUGCCCAGAGAUGUGACAGACACACUGCCCAGGGAUGCGACAGACACACUGCCCAGGGAAGGCCUCAGUUCUCCAAGCUAUGAUUGGUUCCAAACAGAGUCUUCAGUCACCAUUGUUGUAUACACCAAACAAAAGAAUAUCAGUUUAGACUCAAUAAUCGUUGACCUCCAGAAUGACUCCUUGAGAGCAGAAGCAGUCAUCCAGGAUCAUUCUUACCUUGUACAUAUUGGGCUAAGCCAUGAAGUUCAAGAAAAAUUUUCUGUACGGGUUAUUGAAAAUGUUGGUAAAAUAGAGAUUAAUGAAGAUUAUGAAUGCUUGUACUACAGACGCUGCCAGUUAAUUUCUAAGGAAGAUGUCACUCAUGACACGAGACUUUUCUGUCUGAUGCUGCCUCCAAGUACUCACCUUCAGNUGCCGGUUGGACAACACGUUUACCUCAAGCUCAGUGUCACAGGAGAUUUUAUUUCUGUAAGCGGUCCUGAAGGCAAUUUUAAAGUAUCCAAACUCCAGGAAGUAGAAGAUCUCUUUCUAUUGGCAGCUGGAACAGGAUUCACACCAAUGAUCACUGUACUGAAUUAUGCUUUGUCUCACAUGUCCAGUCUCAGGAAGGUGAAGUUGAUGUUCUUCAAUAAAACAGAGGACGAUAUAAUCUGGAGAUGUCAGCUAGAGAAGUUGGCAUUAAGAGAAAAAAGAUUUGAUGUUGAAUUUGUUCUCUCGGCACCUUCUCCAGAAUGGAAUGGCAAACAGGGACACGUGUCACGAGCUCUUCUCUCUGAAUUUUUACAAAGAAGUUUAGAAAACUCUAGGGCCUUCCUUUGCAUCUGCGGACCAACACCAUUUACUGACGAGGGGAUAAGGUGA